GCGGCAGAGACGCUGGAGACAGAGGUGAGUUUAGGUAGCCAUGGCAUCUUCUCUGGUCAUCCUGCUUACGCUGGUCUCACUGGCUUCUGCAUCUCAUCACUACGGAGGAACCGUGUCCUUCGCCUACAAGGGAAGAAACCCCGAUGGAACAUUGAUGGUGGACAUCCAUAACAGAGCUACGUUUACUACGUGUCAGUACCCGCAGUCCACUGUUUGUUACUCUGGCAACUGUGGCUCCCUUCGCACAUCACAAAGAGUCGUACUCGACAGUGGCACUAAUGGUCCAGUCUCCAGCGGCCAGUGGUGUGAAACUGAACAAAUUGAGAAGAGGGUCCUCUACACGGACAAACCUUUUCAAAUGAGGUCGGCGAGCUGUUGCUGGGUCACAACACGUAACGGUGUUAACGAUUGGCGUUUGUCUACUUUUGUGGAUUUGGGGAAAAGAUCUGACACCGGAGAACCAAACAGAUCACCAGACACUGCCAUUCUACCCCUCCUGAGAGUUCCUCAGAACUGCCCACGGUCAUACAAGCUGAUGGACUUUGACCCUGAUGGCGACAGAGUCCGAUGCAGAUAUGGAAAUGACCCCAAUCUAGAGUGCAGCUCAUGCCACCUGCCUUCAGGCUUCCAGUUAGAUGAGAACUCAUGCACACUACACUAUGACAACUCCACAAGUGCCGACAGCAGAGUUUUUGGACUUGAGAUGGUGGUUGAGGACUUCCCACGACAACACAUCACUCUGCAAUACACAGAUGGAACCAGUGCCACAAGGUUUCCACCACUCGCCAGGAGAAAGAGAGAAGCUACGAUCACUUGGCCGAUUACAACCACUGUAGCACCGUGGAUGACUACAGCUAUGACCCCAAGGCCAACCACUACAACAACUACAGCACCAACUACAACCUCCACAUCAUACCACGGGACACCUCUCAGUAGACUAUCACUGCAAUUCUCUUUUCUUGUGGACCCAUCGGUUCCCUCGUGUGAGGAAGGACUCUACUUGCCAAAGUUUUUGGAUCCGACACCCAGAAAUGGAGCCCGGCUCGAAGCAGAGGUCAACAAAGAAUUGGAGAUCAGAAUCAAAGCCCAAGCUUCUUACUCAACAUUGCAAAAUAUCAUCAUGAGCGGGCCAGCAAACCUCGCCAAGCACAAAACCACACAUGAUGAGUUUGUCAUUAGGUGGACACCCGUCACAGACGGCCUGAACGAUCAUUAUGCAAUUUGCUUCGCUGUUGAAUCCACAUCAGGGUCCAGAGUCUAUCAGUCCGAGAUGAGGUGUGUUGUGGUCAGCGUCGUCAAGGAGCAUGUGAAAGUCGAUGUGAUCUGCACCGAGUUCAACAUGACUGUAAUAGUUGACAAAUCAACCUUCUCUGGACUUGACGAGGAUCAUCUGCGCCUCAGCGAAUCCAACAACGUUGACUGUAACCUGAGCACACGUUCCAACAGCACUCACAUCAUCGGUACCUUCCCCCUCAAUGCUUGUGGCACCCAGAUCGAGGAAGACGAGACAAACCUCAUGUUCAAAAACUUAAUCACCACAUACGACAACAGCAGCCGUCUGAUCACCAGGCACCACCAGCUAGAAGUGCAGUUCUACUGCUCGUACCCCAAAACGGGCAACGUGACGGCGGGCUUCACGGCGCACAGGAAGAACGUGACCGUGUGGGAAAAGGGCUUCGGCAAGUUCACGUACCAGUUUGAGUUCUAUGAUGACCAGACAUACUUGCGCAUGAAGGAUGAAAACACCUACCCUCUGGAGUACGACAUCGGAAGUCGGAUCUACAUGGAGAUCGACGCCACGUCUUCAGUCAACAACACCGUGAUGUUUGUGGAGUCCUGCAGCGCCGCACCAUAUGACAUCCCCAACUACCAAAAUACCUACUCCAUCAUUGAAAAUGGGUGCAACGUGGACCCGACCAUUCAGAUCCAUUCCCCUGACAAGCCGACGCAGUUUCGGUUCAGCUUGGAGGCCUUCAAGUUCAUCGGCCUGCAUGACCAGGUGUACAUCAGCUGCUCGCUCAUGAUGUGCGAAGCAGGGAACUCCAACACCAGGUGCUCGAAGGGAUGCAUCCGCUCUACGCAGGCCAACAACCGCAGAAAGAGAGAGGCCACCAUCGAGAGCACGAAGCACUUCGUUUCCCAGGGUCCUCUGCGCCUGAGGAGGUCGGCGGAAAGCAGCGGACACGAAGUGGUCAACCUGAACCUGAACCUGGCGUUCAUGGCCGGAUGUUUGCUUGCGGCUGUGGGCAUGGUGUGUGGAGUGGUGGUGUACAAGACCAAGAUUUCAAAGGUCAAAUACCAACCUCUGUCUACGAUUGAAAGUUAGACAGCAGAGUGCAGAAUACACAUUCAUACACAACUUCUGACAACAUUAACCUUCCUUGAUUAUUUUGUGCUUUGGAUGUUUUAACAUCACACACUUAAACACUUAAAUUAAUUUGAUCUGAUUUUGUUUAUAUGCUAAAAUCUGCGAGUGCAACAACCAAAAGGACGAUCAGCUAGUACUGCAGCUGCUGGGUGAUGGUUCAGACAUGAAGAAUUGGAAGUGCUUCUUGUUAUUAGGUAUAACAGCUAUGAUUGAAUAAAUCUGAAUCUGAAUAAAUGAGAUAUAUUUUUGUCUUAGGCAUAA